AUGAAGUUGGCGCGGAGGAGACCUGGGCCCAGACAUCCACAGCGCCCCCCCACCCCCCCACCAGAGUGCGAAAACCCAAGGAAGACCACUGGAGAGGCAACCGCACCAUUGUCCCAGAAAGAGCUGAGGACAGCCUCAGACGUAGGGUCACCCAGCAACCACAGUGCAGAAGCCACAGAGGGCCGCAGUGACAGGCCCGCAGGUCCUGUUGGCAGCCAGCCGCACCAGAGCAGACUGAGCCACGGUCCCAGAGCCCCGAGGACCGAGGGCACCCCACCCUCCCGGAAGGGGCCCAACCUGGCCACAGGUACCAGGCCCACCAAGCAGCCGCCGGGAGUGAGUGAGUACGUACCUGAGCGCCCAGCCCUGGCACAAGCAUACGUUCCCACCCUCAUUCACACAAAUACAAAUACUCAGCACUCGCCCAAUGUGGAGACAAACAGAAAUGAACACUAUACACCCAUUCACACUCCCCAGACAUACGCUAUACUCCCAGGUCCAGGUAUUGCAGCCCCCAGGGGGGCAAUUAGCCCCCAGACCCAAGAGAUGUUACCCCUUUCCCUGUGGUGGGGGCAAGCAGACCACCCCCGGCCCGGCAGUUGCAGGGAGGCCCAGUGUCACAGACCCCGACCAGACUGCUUAGUCCUCCCAGUCCCCCUGCCCCAAUGGUGUGCAGAGAACAGGGUGUGA